AUGCCAGCUGCGGAACACUCACCCCAUCUACUAGCACACAAUUCAUUAGUUAAUGUACCUAGUACAUCAGCCAAAGACCAAAUUAUGUUCUAUCUGGAAAAGUCGGACGUUUCAAGCUGGCAUGUCAAAAAUCCCUACUACAAACCUAGCGAUGCAAUCGAAUUAUUGAAUCACUUCCUUGGUGUCACUACCCCUUGGUUCGGAUCUCCGUCAUUUCAGCGAAUUAUGCAGCAUUGUGGGCUUGGGCUUUCCUUAAAAGCUCCGUACCUAAUGCACACCAUUCUCGCCUUUUCAGCAAGUCAUCUCCAUUAUUUACAUCCUGAAGAGAAAAAAUACAGCACUGCUUCCAUGUUGCAUUACAACCCCUCUUUAGGUUUAUUCUCAUCAGAACUUCUGACAACCUUGAAUGCUAGUAAUGCAGAUGUAAUUAUUGCAUCAUCUUACUUCCACACGAUGUUGGCAUUUAGAAAUGUCCAACUGAAUCCAGAUAUUGACACUGAUGCUGGUGGAACACUCACUUGGCUGCAUACUAUGCGAGGAGUACCUAUUUUAUGGGACACGAACGAUAUGCGCUCUCAUCUCGAAGGCAGUGUUUUGUUGGAUGUGGAACAGGAUUGUAAAGUCUUAGAUGAGAGUGUUUGCGAUCAUGGCAAGCCAUACGACGGAAGCACCUGGGCACAGCAAACUUCUAGAGCACUUCAUGGGCUAUUUGAAGUUGAUUGCGAUCCAUAUAGAUUCAGCAACACAUACCAGGGGCCCUUGAGGCGCUUAUGUCACCUGAUGCGACUUGAAACUGGCCAAGAAGCGGCAUGCUCAUUCAUGUCUUUCGUGGGUGAACUUCCCACUUCCGCACUUUUUAGUCAGAUCGACUACUGGUGGGUUGUCGAUUCUGCGAUUAUUGUUUGUAAACGACUUUGCGCAUACUUGGAGAGAACUACCAAACACCGACUUCAUGAUUUACUACGCUUUCCAGCUACCAAAUGCGGUUAUGCAAUGAGUGAAGAUCAUUUGAAUACUCACAAAGCAAACUCUACGACCCCUGAUGGCAGUACUUUUCUAUGA